UGAGGGCACAAAACCCGGACAUCCUGUUUACUGAGCCGUCUACUGUAAAAGAAAAAAAGACCUAGUUUAUUCGCGUUAAGUAUGUAAGGGAAUAACGAGCUGAAAUGCCACCCCCUGCUCUGUAAAACCACCGGAUUAUCUGCAAAUAUCAGGAAUAGGAACUCUCCGUGCAGCCUCAGUUCCUGUGAGCAGCAGCCAGCCAUGUCUUGCCGGGACAUCCACGCCACCAACGCCUUUGCCUUCAUCAUUGCCUUUGUGUCGGUGUGUGGGAUCGCCGUGGCAGCUUUGAUCCCUCAGUGGAGAGUAACCAGACUCGUCACCUUCAAUCGCAAUGCCAAGAAUGUCAGCGUGUAUGAUGGACUGUGGUCUAAAUGUGUGAAACAGGACGGCUAUUCAGGAUGUUACUUCUAUGAUUCAGAGUGGUAUUCUAAAGUGGACCAGCUGGAUCUGCGCCUCCUGCAGUUCUGCCUUCCCACAGGCCUGGCGUUUGGCUCUCUGGCUCUGCUGCUGUGCAUGACGGGGAUGUGUAAGACCUGCUGCUGCUCUGAAAAACCUGAGCCGGACAUCAAAAGCAUCCGGUUCCUGGUGAACAGCGCCGGCUGCCACCUGGUGGCUGGGAUGUUCCUGUUUUUGGGCGGAGCGAUCGCCAUCGCUCCCUCAGUGUGGUUCCUGUUCCGCACCAAGGAGAUGAACAUCAGAUACGACAACAUCUUCUCUGAUGGCUUUGCCGUGUACGUGUCCAUAGGCUGCUCCGGGGGACUGAUGCUGGCGGCACUGCUCAUGUUUAUGUGGUACUGUAUGUGUAAGAAGUUGCCUUCACCCUUCUGGUUACCUCUCCCUGCAAUGUCUACCUCUCCGUCCACCCAACCUCUCACUGCCAAUGGAUUCCCUCCGUCCCCGGUUUAUGGUCAGCAGCCCUUCCCGCCACAGACGUUUCCUCCCACAGUGAUCGACACUCAGCCGUUUCUCCCCUCGCAGGCUUACGCGCAAAGCGUAGUGGCCCCUGCUCCACCGCAGGUGUACAUGUCUCAGAUCUCUGCUCCAGAUGGGUACGGGUCAGAGGCGGGAGGGACUCAGGCUUACAGCUACGCUCCCUCUCAGAGCUACGCUCCAUCACAGAGUUACGCUCCAUCACAGAGUUACGCUCCAUCACAGAGCUACGCUCCCUCUCAGAGCUACGCUCCCUCUCAGGGAUACGCUCCCUCUCAGGGAUACGCGUCCAGCUAUGCUGGCCACCGCUACUCCACCCGCUCACGGAUGUCUGCCAUCGAGAUCGACAUUCCCGUGCUGACACAGCCACAGUGAGAUGAGAGAGGCUGACAGCCGCAGCACAUCGAAGGCCUCCGUUCAUAAACCUCCAUGAAAUUCAUCACUGAUCAAACUAAUAGCGUGUGAUGGAUGGGAGUUAAUAAUAUGAAGGCUAUUUACAGCGUCUGGAAUGAUGGCUGCAAAAACCUAAGUCAAUCCAGGUCUGCAUAUUGCUGGUUAUAGAAGAUGAAAGUCAUUCAAAAUAGCCUGGAGGUAUAAUUUGAAGGAUGAGUUUAUCUUUUUAAAAAAAGAUUAUUGAAGCACCGGUGCAGACGCUGCAUUCAGCUUAGUAUCAAUGGAGGAAAAUAAACUCAUAUUUACAGUAGUGAAAACUCAACCACACGUUUUGUGCCACUAUUUAGACUUUAGUUUUCCAGCACUGAAGUGCCAUUGGGCCAGCUGACAUACUGUAGCAACGACAAGCAAACAGGAAUCAAUCACUGGAGAUUAACGGUUCACAGCUGGUCCAUCAAAUUCUUCAUUACUGGAGAAAACACCUUUAGAUUUAAAAGACUUCUGCUUGUUACCAGAAUGCAUUGUGAAGGUCCACUGUGAUCACUACUGAACACACACACACACACACACAGUCACACUUAAUCUUGAGCAGCACCAUUAAGUGACACCUGUAUGUGUUUUUGUAUGUGUUGAAACAUGAAUUGUUAAUGUGUGAGCGGCCGGUGAAGAGCAGCUUUUAUAGUUUUUUGAUGCACUAAUGAAGUGAAUAUUGUGCCAGGUUACAUUGCCUUUGUUCACCAUUCCUUAGCCUUCAGUAUUUCUUAAUGUUUUGCUUUUAUAACAUAUUUCCUACUCUAUUCACUGUAUAUCAACAUGUUUUAAUUAUCAAUGUCUGUAAAGAAAAGCACUAAGGAACCAUUUUCACUUUGAAUAAUAUUGAUAAACUGUAACCUCAUGAACACUAACAAAUUAUAUCAGAUUAACGAUAUCCUGUUUGGUCCCAAAAGAUACUGGAUUUUUCUUUUUAUUUGUUUGUUUCUGCUGUCUUGUUUUAUCGUUGCUAACUUAGCGGAUGUUUGUUGGAUCAGUAAUGAAAUGAUCAAUCAUUCUGAUUGGGCCAAAUUUAAGUUUGUCGCCUUCUGUGUGUUUUGAGCCUCGAUCAACGUUUUUAUUUAGUCUUAUAUUGUGUCGUUGUACAAUAUUCAGGUCAAUUAAAUUGAUUUCUUUUUCUACAGAGUUUGUUUUAAAUAAAAUCCAGAUGGCAAUACA